AUGGCAGCUUCCGGUGCUCUUUACAACCUCCUAUUUCGAAAGAACUAUGUCUUUCUUGGAGUUGUGUUUGCUUCUGCGUUCGCAUUUGAGAUAGGCUUUGACAAAUCAAUUGAUAGAAUUUGGGAUAGGACUAACGCCGGUCGUCAAUGGAAGGAUAUCCGAUCAAGAUAUGUUCAGAGCGCGGAGGAGGAUGAUGAGUGA